CUUUUAUAUCUCUUUUGUGUCAUGAUUUGCUUGUUCUAGUUAGAUGAUUAGGUUACCCUUUUAGGAUCUUAAUAAAUACCAAGAAAAAUUGCAUAGACAGUUAGUAGAUGAAAACUUUAGGACUCAUAAUCUGAUAAAAAUGUUGCGUGGAUAAUUAGUUAACAAAUCAAUCAAGUUAAGGUACCAAAAAAGCUUUUAAUUUGAAUUAGUGUAAUCAAGUCUUCGACAUUACAUCUCUGGUUGCAUAAGAAGUAAGAUAUACUCCUACACCUCACCGACCUUUGAUAAUCUAGAGGCAACUCCUAGUUCAGUUGAACUUCAUAGUUGGAUCUAUUCCAAUUGAAUUUUCUAAUGUAGCGCAAGGUAAGGGUUUGGGAGAACCAAGCCAUUUGAGAACUAUUGGUCCACCCUUGGCAUUACCUCUAAACCUAUCGUUUCCCGACACUCCUAUUCUGGAGGGUCGCGACAGAAAGAUGUAGUCCCGGAAGAUUGGCACACUCAAUAUCCUCACGUCUUUGAAUUAGAUGGCAAAGGAUUUGAAACAUAGUUUGAAUAUUCUAACUACACUUGCUCUAUGUUGACAAGGAAAAUGAAGCGCUGAAAUUGAGAAUAUAAAGGAAAAUUUGAAGAUAUCAAAGAUUCAUUCUAGUUGUGUUCACAUUUGACCAUCCUUUUAGAUUACACGACAGUUAAGCUAUUGCAAAUUCAUGAAGACUCGUCCAAUAAAGGUACAAAAGCUGAUUUUUACAUAUUUAUUUUUAAAAUAAAUCAUUACCUAUUAAUAUAAAAUCUAUAUCCUGAUGAGAGAUCCAUAGAGAAGGGCGCAUGCACUCGACAUGCCUUUUAACAUGCUGAUAUAAGGUAGAAAGCUUUUGCGAAAAUAAUUACAUGUAUAUGUAUUUUUAUUUUUGCUCAGGAAAGCGAGACAGUGCACCGGCCAGGUGCAUGACAUUUUAGCAUGAUCUAAGCUCUGAAACUUCGGAAAUCGGAAGCACAAAGCUUCCCGGAAAAGCCAAACACGAGCCAAGAACGAUAUGUCCAUUGCCCGGAAACUCACACCAAACACCAGAUCCUCGUCCUUGUCUCUCGACAAAUUCAUCAAAUCCCGGAAACACCUCUCCAAGCCCACCCCGAAACUCUGGCCUCACGACGUCCAGCGACGGAUUUUAAUCACAGACGACGAAAAAGUUGACGUAUUGACGUUAGCCCAUCCGAUCUUGCGCAGAUUGGAGUCGAGUAAUAGCAUCAGAGAGUUCAACCAAGUCCAUGCUCAGCUAGUUGUCACCUGUCUCUCCCAACACUCUCUUGCCACGAGCCAAGCCGUGAAAAAGCUCUGUUCUUUACGUGAAGUUGCUCAUGCGGUUAUGUUCUUCAAGUGUACCCAAGAGCCGGAUGCUUUCCUGUGCAAUACUAUUAUAAGAACCUAUGUCAACAUGGGUGAUGCGUGUGGUGCUAUGAGAUUUUAUUAUGAAGAGAUGGUGGGGAAUGAUAUUGCGCCAAAUCACUAUACGUUCCCCAUUGUUGUGAAAGGGUUUGUGGUCAUUGGGUCAUUGGCUGAAGGAGAGAAGGUUCAUGGCAGGGUGUUAAAACUCGGGUUUGAGUUAGAUUUGUUCGUGAGGAAUGCGUUGAUUCACAUGUAUUCGGUUUCAAAAGCCAGGAGUGCACGCUUGGUGUUUGAUGCAGGGACUGUGUUGGAUUUGGUUAGCUGGAAUUCCAUGAUUUAUGGUCAUGUGAAGAAUGGGGAAAUCGAUGUUGCUCGCGAACUUUUCGAUGAAAUGACUGAAAGGGACGUCUUCAGCUGGAACUCAAUGAUUGCGGGUUAUGUUGCGCAAGGGGACAUGGGCAAGGCACGAUGGUUGUUUAAUAGAAUGCCGGUUAGGGACAUUGUGUCAUGGAAUUGUAUGAUUGAUGGGUGUGCAAGGAUGGGAAACGUGUCAGAGGCUCGCGGCUUUUUUGAUUCGAUGCCUUUCCGGAAUGUGGUUUCAUGGAAUACCUUGUUGGCUCUUUAUGUACGUGUUAAAGGUUAUACGGAGUGUUUAAGUUUGUUUGAUAGUAUGCUGCAAGAGGAAGAGAUUGAACCCAAUGGGGCUACUUUUAUGAGUGUUUUGACUGCUUGUGCCAAUACAGGGGACCUCACUACAGGCCACUUAGUUUAUUCUUACAUGAAGAACAACAGCGUUGAAGCUAACGUUCUGCUUUCAACUGCACUAUUAACAAUGUAUGUGAAAUGUGGCGCUAUGGAUUUAGCCAAAGUGUUUGAUCAGAUGCCUGAUAGAAAUGUUGUCUCGUGGAAUGCUAUGAUCAGGGGGUAUGGGUUACAUGGGCAUGGCAAGAAAGCCCUGGAAAUGUUCUUGGAGAUGCAGAAGAGAGGCCCAAUGCCAAAUGACGCUACCUUCGUCAGCAUAUUAUCUGCAUGCACACAUUCCGGAAUGGUUUUGGAAGGUUGGUGGUGUUUCAACAUGAUGUCUCGGGUUUACAGUAUCCAACCUAAGGUGGAGCACUAUGGUUGCAUGGUCGAUCUUCUUGCUCGGGCUGGGCUGGUGAAGGAUUCUGGAGAGUUGAUUAAAGAUGUACCUACAGAGGCAGGAUCUUCACUGUGGGGUGCUCUGCUUUCUGCCUGUAGGACCCAUUCUCACAUCAAACUAGGAGAGAUGGUGGCCAAGCGUUUGAUGGAGUUGGAACCAACAGAUGUUGGGCCCUAUGUGCUACUGUCAAACAUGUAUGCAGCCGAUGGUAAUUGGGAUGCUGUCGAGAAUGUCAGGAUGAUGAUGAAGGCAAAGGGAUUGCAAAAGGAGGUUGGGUCCAGCCUCAUUCAACUUGGAGGCAUCAAAUCUACAGAGUCUGCAAAAGAUGGCGUACCCCAUCAGAGAAGUAUGAUUUACUCGAUGUUGAGUGAGAUUGGUUCACAGAUGAAAGUGUCUUGUAGAGACUCCAGAGCAACAGAGGAUCAAGAGUAGAGAGAGAGACUAAACCAUAUUGCUGGAUUUUGUCAAAGAUCCAUGUUCUAUAUGUUACGUAGGAUUAAAGGUGAAGACAUUCUGCAAAGAAUAUGUCUUGCUUCUAUAUGUAGGCCUGCACAGCAAAUCUCCCAGUUAAAAGGAAAUUGCAGUAUGCGAAUUCAUGAGUACUCCCAUCUUGGAGUUGUUGAGAACUACUGCUGGAGCACUACUUCGGAUGGUACUGUGCAAACUAUUAAAGAGGUUGAGUUAAUCCUCCAAGCAUCAGUCGAUGAAUUUAGAAGUUCAGAACAGAAGUUGGACGAUACUCUACAUCAAGCAAUCAUCUCUUAAAAAAGUAAGAGGCUCAUUGAUUAUUUUGCCUGGAAAAUGUUUUAGCUGUCGACAUAGAUCAUUUGUGAAUCGUAAUUGUAUAUCUGAUUAUUUAUUAAGAAAUAUUGUCAAUGCUUCGUCAUA